UGGGGCAGCCGGGUGUUGAGGGAUGGGACUCGACAUAUCCGGUUGGCCCACCCCCGAAAAAUUUCUGGGAUUUUUUCGACCCGUCCGGGUUCGAUUCCGGGUCCCCCAAGGCCGCUUAGAAAUAUGAUAGAAAAGAUGAUUUUACUAUCAAUUCUUCCUUUUCUGAUUGUGAAGAUGUCAUCUGGUACUAUUCAAUCGACCGAAUUAUCUAAUACCUAUAAGUCUAUACCGAUAGAAAAUAAAAAUAUAUACUAUAAAAACCAAGCAGAAUCAGAACAAACGAACUGGCCACCAACGAAAUCAACGAACAGAAAGAGACGAACAAUCGAAACGGAAGGUCGCAAAAUAUUCGAUUUUUCCGCCAUUUCUCCUCUUAUCAGAGAUACAUUUCCGAAGGAAGAUACUUCACCACCUUUUGAUUUAUCCAGAAACGAUCGAUUAUGGUCGAAUCUUCAGUUUUUAGAAAAUCCAGCUCACCCUAAUUUACUAUUACAAGAUCCGAACGACAAGAUAGAAGACGAUACAAGAAACAAGCCUUCUGCAUUACCCGAUACCGCAUUGGCCAAUCAGAAUUUGUCUCUUUUGAAUUUCCUGAAAAUGUUACAGAGUCGUAUGCAGAAAAAUCGUUGGAGAUCGUUAGGAAUGUCAGAAAUAAAUAUCCCCCAAGACGUUAUUAGCGAAUAUCUUCUGGAAUUGAUCAAUGAUCCAAGUGGCAAAGAGAAAUCUCAAUCCUUUAAAAACAAUUUACUAACCGAAGAGAUAGUAUUACCUUUAAUUUGGGACGAUAGCGUUUCGGAUAAGAAAUUAUGGAAACAAAAUGGCCGCCAAUCAUUUAAACGCACUUUUCUUUCUCAAAGUUGGAAACCCGGAGGUUUGGCAGAAAAACAGACCAUGCCUUUGCAAAGAGAAAAAAAUCGCCAAGAAAGUAAAUCUGUCAAUCAAAACGCUUACACAAUGUCAAUUCUAGGUUUGCAUGGAUGGAGACCAGGAAAAAAGAGGCAAAUUGGUACAACUGGAAGAUUCUACCACUCUCACGAUGAAGACGAUGAUGUAAACGAUUAUAAGUCACCGGAAAUGAGCAAAGAAAUGGUAACUUUACAUAUUACUUCUCGUAAUUCGCCCAGAAUUAGUAAGGAUGAUAGAGAUAUCAACAUGCAGAUCAAAAAAGGUAUCUUUUCUGCAGGAGAAGAAGAACGUUCGAGACGACCAUCGAUGGAAAAGUUAGAAGGUGGAAUGAAUGAUAGUGAUGAGAAGAGAUGGAAGAUGAUAAAUCGUCAGCGUCAGAGUAAUGUUUGAUAACAAUUACCUUCAAUCAGUUGAUUAAUGUAAACGUGUUAUCAAAUAUAUAAAUCAGUUUACAAUAAAUUAAUUC